AUGUUUCUGACUUUGAAGGGCAAAAUCCUGGUCCCUCACACAACCCAAUGUCCAAAAGUCAAAUGCACUGUCAUGUUGCUAUAUAACUCAGUUACAUACCUCGAGGAAGGCCAAUCACUUACUAUAAGCACAGAAUCUAGCACAAGAGGAUUCUACAAUACAACCCUGUUGAAAGCAAAUACUACAAAUGGGUUUCGAAUUGUGUUUCAUCGUUUGUAUCUUAAGUCUUAUGAUGAUGAAAUCCGAAUAGGGACAGGGAACGAUCCAUCUGAUCCCGAGUCUAUUGUUACUACUGUCCAUAGAUAUGCAUACUACGCGGAAGAUGUAUACAUAGAUACCCACAAAAUGUGGGUUGUUGUUUUAGGAUCGAAACAGAACAGUUAUAUUAAUCUGAAAAUAAGCGUUACUGCCAUUGAUUCUCUUAAUUUCUUUCCUUGUAGAUCGUCUUCCAUGAACGUGUCAGUGACGUUGACUUGUGACGGAUAUUACGACUGCGAUAAUUAUGAAGACGAAUCAUCAUGCAAAUAUCCCACAAGCUAUCUUCAGACAGGCGAAUAUUUUAUCUACGUCAACAACAUCACACGCAAAAGAUUAUACAAUGCCCACUUGUUUCAAACAAAUGUUACGAAUGGAUUUCAAAUUAUAUUCAGAGAUCUAUAUCUCUAUUAUGACGAACAAAUCCAGAUAGGGAAUGGUACUGAUCCGUCUGAUCUACAGUCUGUCAUCACAACCAUCAAUGGAUAUAGACAUUGCUGUCCCAGUGAUGUUUACGUAGAGACCAGUGAUAUGUGGAUUGCUAUCAUAGGAGGCAUGGAAUACCCCCUGCUUGAACUGAAUGCUGAGAUAAUAUCUACUGAUCUUUCAACUCUCUAUAGAUGUUCGAUUUCUGACAAACUUUUUCCAUCAUCCACCCUUUGCGAUGGAUUUUAUCACUGCGAUAAUUUCGAGGAUGAAUUAGCAUGCAAUCACUCAGAAAGGUUUUUAGCCGCUGGCCAAUUUACUUUCAUCACCCCUUAUUUCGUGGACAGCGGGCAUUUUGGAAUAUCAGUUCUACGCACAAACGCUACCGCUCUAUUUCGACUCGAGUUCCAGGAGGAUCAUUAUCAACGCUAUGAUGAAACAAUUCUAAUAGGAACCGGAAAUGACGUCAAAUCAGCCAUUAGAACAUUCUAUGGACAUUCUUCUUACCAUCAUGAUAUAUACGUACGGCCAAAUGUUAUUUGGAUUGCUGUUGUCGGUCAUAAGGACUACACCUACUAUGACUAUAAUUACGGCAACAGCGAGAUCAACAUUAAGGUCACUGCCAUUGACAGGUCUAUUCAAGUUCUCUAA